CAGCGAGGCUGGCGAGCCAAGCCAGUGCAGGUACCGGCGGUGAUCGGCGAACAGCCCCUGUGCGUGCAAAGGCCACAUGCAGUGGCCCUGACCUGACGCACUCGACGCAAGCAUGAUGGUCAGCACCGGCCCUCCGGAAACCUUCAACAACAACACCGGCAGCAACGGCACCGCCGCCACGCACCUCCUCUGCUGCGCCGAGCCGGACAAGCCAGAUCACAAGGCGGCCAGACAGGCGGCCGCCUCGCCGGCCGACGACGACCUGGCGGCCGCUGCCGACUGCGCACCCCCAGAUGACAAGAAGAGCGACCAUGAGCAGGCGAAAGCGGCACAACAAGGCAGUCCGGCGCCGCAGCCUCCGCUGCCCAUCAGGGACUGCAAGUACGUCGACAUCUACCGGGAAAAGCCCAUCAGGGUCAUCGUCAAGGUUCUCGUCCCUGUCAGAGAGCACCCAAAGUUCAAUUUUGUGGGCAAGCUGCUGGGUCCCAAAGGAAAUUCGAUGAAGAGAUUGCAGGAGGAGACAAUGACGAAAAUGGCUGUGCUGGGACGCGGCUCAAUGAGAGACAAGCAAAAGGAGGAAGAGUUGCGGGCGUCGAUGGACCCGAAGUACUGCCACCUGAGCGAGGAGCUGCACGUCGAGAUCACGGCGUACGCGCCGCCGGCGGAGGCGCACGCGCGGAUCGCGUACGCGCUGGCCGAGGUGCGCAAGUACCUGAUCCCGGACAGCAACGACGAGAUCCGGCAGGAGCAGAUGCGCGAGAUGGAGCUGCUGCAGAACACGCUGGGGGGCGGGGGCGACGACUCGCCGGGGGCCAACGGGGCCAACUCGUCGUCGGCGUCGUCGCCGUCGCCGGUCACCAGCCCGCCGGUGUCCAGCGUGGGACCAAUGCCGGGCCGCCGGAUGCCCCUGGGCAUGCGCGGCGGCCGAGGGGGCCGCGGCGGCCUGCCGCCGCCGCCCCCCAUCCUCCGGGGACCAAUGCCGGGCCGCGGCGGGCGCGGCAGCCUGCUCCCGCCGCCGCUCACCGGCGCCCGCGGACCCCACCCCAUGCGCAAGGCCCCCCUCCCGCCCCCGGGGGCCAACAUGCUGGUGCGGCCGUCGCCCAAGCAGAAGGUCAUGAGCAUCCUCGACCGCGCACGCGUCGCCAUGGAGGAGUCCUACCAGUACGAAGAGUGCUACUACAACGCGUAUGACCCAGUGGGGUACGGAGGCUACGACGAGUACGACGACAACCUGGGGGACUACUACGAGCCCGCAGAUGGCUACACUGACGCAGCUGCGGGCGGCCACUGGAAGAGCUUCAAAGCGCCCCCUGCCGGAGGGGCGGGGGCGGACCGCACCCGCUUCCGGGCAGUGCCCUACGCAAGACCAAAGUAGACGACGCGGCCAGCCCCGGACGAUCGGCCCUUCUUGCUCACUGCAUGGCGCGCUAUUUUUUAUAAAACUCUGAGAAAGAAAGAAAGAACACGUGACAACUCUCGCAGCCCAGCGAAACCCAAUCGACGCCGCGCCGCUUCUUAACUCGAAUUUGCCGCGGCGGUGUACAUACACACACAAAUUUUGUUCCGGCACGCAACUGUGACUGCAGCGACGGAACAUUGUAAAAUUCUCUCAAUGUGAGUUGUUGUUAUAAUAUCGAUAUUUAAACGCGUUAAUAACUGUGUGUUGAACGAACUGAUAGAAAUAUUGCCAGAAAAAACUAUGCAUGUUGAGCUGAUUUUUUGUUCGGAAAGAAACGUCUGUCUCUCUGCUGGAAAAGACGCAGUUUGCGAUUAUCCGUAGUGUAUUAUUAUUAUUAUAUGUUAUUAUAUCGAUUGUACCAAAGCAGCGUCAGCGGAUUUAUUCUCUGGACUCAAUUAACUCGAACCAAGUAGCGUGUACAAGAGAGAGCUCAUGCCGCAGAGAUUGUAUUGCGUCGAAUAAGCCGAGCCCGAAAGAAAAAAAAAGAAAUUAUAAAUAAUUGCGAGAGCUCUCGAGCGCACAAGCUUGUUUUUUACUAGUUAAGUGAUCAUUCCAUGGUUGUAAAGGCUCGCGAAUGGUAUUAAUUUUGUCCGCGGUAUCGAUUAGAGGGUACGUGUGUGCGUAUUUUGGCUAUUUGGGUCUCAACACACUGCAUGGAGUCGCCCUGCUGCCAAUUGCAAAUGAUAUCGAUCGAGAACGGCAUUCUGCUCUUCUCUCUCUCUCACUCACACUCUCUCUCGCUCUAUAUACCUUGUUGUUAUAAAAACAGUGUCGAAAAUAGAGUGACUAAGUUGCUGGAAACUCACUCGAGAAAACUUUCUGCGGCCGCGGACUUUUAAACUGUCAAUUCCUCUCUUGAAAGAAGCAAGAAAGUUUGCGAGCAACUGCUGCGACAGACAGCCAGAGUUCGGCCGCGACGCCCGUUUUAGAGUGCGAACUGUAUGUUCAUUUCCGUGACCCAGCUAAUUUUGGGCUCUGUGUGGGGUUUUUGCGUUAUUUGUUUGCGUUCGAAAUCGUUCGUGGCGCCACUGUCGAUUGGAAACUUUGCUAAUGUUUAGAUCCCUUUCUGAUUUUAAAAUUUUUAAAGUAUAAAGGAAUUUUAGUGAAGGGCAGUUGGCAGUUGCUUAUUUGAGGGCAAGAUUUUGUCACUUUAACUCUCACGAUCAGUCGAGUGGAACCAGGAUUGGCUGUUACAACAUGUUGGUAUCAGACACGCCCCCACAACACGCUUUGUGACGUCAUAAAAGCAGCUUUAGAUAAUUUUUAAAGCAGGCUCUUCAGGGGGUCGUGUCUCUUACAUAAACAUAAUCAACUUGGUGUGCACCUUUAGGUCCUGGUUGGGGUUAUACCAUCCUAUUGCAGAGACAGAAUCUGACUAAAUAAAAAAUUCGGAAAGUUUGUGUAAGGAGGGUUAGUUGCACAAAAUUUCUCUCCAAUCGUGAUUCAAAUCCAUCCGCAGUUAUCUCUGUGGUUUGAACUAUAUGCUGUAAAACCACAAAAGAUAAAUUUAAUCUUCAAUUCGUCCUGAAAUUAAUCUUUGCAAUAGGACGGUGGUGCCACAUAUCAUCCUACAUCUUCGAACACAAACAUCUGACGCAAAAGACCAAUCCACUUUUUAAACUCAAGGACCAAAUGCAAUGCGUAUUUAGAAAGGCUGGAGUUCUGCCGUUGAUUUUGGCCGUCGGCCAUGUUUCACACGUAAUAAUGUCGUCCGAAGAUGCGACAAAAAAUUUGAGCCGAAUUAUCUAGUCACGCGAGUUUCCUGGAACCUUAGCGACUCUAAAAGCGAAGAGCGGCACAUGUGUACGUGUAUAUUGCGAAACUUGUAAUUUCCUGAUAGUCUGUGUAGCUGUUCAUCGGCCCCGGUGUCCCGACCCCUCCCCUUUCCCGAUUGUUUCAUCACGAACGAAUGCGACCACACCGAAGGUGCGGUGCGUGUUCAUUGCAUUAAUUAACAGCCCAUUUACGAUUUGCCAUUCUCUAAUCUUCCUAAGCUAAAUAAAACUUUUUCUAAUAAAUAUUAAGGCGACGUAAUGACCAUACUUAAAGAACGUUAAAAUUACGGCAUGUGUAACGACUACUACUAAACUUAAAAUAAAUUAUGCUCGUUAGCGGUUUAAAAACACAUCAAGUAGCCUAGUUAGGGGCUCGUUGUCUUUUCACCGAGAGGAGGACAACCUUUUUUUCAAUGGAUGUGAGUGUGUGUAUUCAGAUAAUUAGCGAAGUACCCACAAGAUAAAUUAAAUAAUUAAAUAAAGUUUAAGAGGAGAGGAGAACACGACGACGACUCUCGUUUCAAAUACAUACACGUCGGACGAAAAACAAACGCAAUCUCUCUGUGUAGACUGUACAAUUAUAUUGCAUAUUAAUAUGUUGUAAUUUUAAAAAGAAUCGAGGAUCAAGUUUAACGUAUAUACAUAUUAAAGACAGGAUCACACAUUUUAAAGCCGAACUGACGCGGACGUGCGCCGGAUCAGCGCGGUUAGAGUUUAAAGAGCGCAUCAAACUAAUUUUUUUCCUUCUCUCUCUCGCUGUCAGAGCAUAAAGAACGAACUUUAAAAACCAUUCUCUGUAGUUUUGUCAUGACUUAGACUUAAAUUAGCUUGAUAAAGCUCUGGAACAGCUGCACUAAAACAAACCAACUCGGAACUAAAUGUUGUUAAUAUAAAGUUUGAAUAAACCUGUACGAUUAAACCUCGGUAGAGAUGCUGUAGCUGAAAACAAAACAACAGAUUUGUAUUCAAGGUACUGACCGAUGAUGAUGAAGAAUCGAGCCGAAGGCGACAACUUGUGCUAGUUGAUUGCAUAGUACAAUUCACACGAUCGUUUUUCUCGAAUUCUGCAUUGUAAGAUUAAACCUACGAAACUCAUAACGCAAUUGAUAAAUUAAUGGUAAUUUUAAAUGGUACGGCGUAAGGAGUAAGCAAGUGUCUAUCACUCUCUCUCACUCACUCACUCACACACAAUCUUGGAUUAUUAUACCGAUCAUUUUUGCGAUGGCGCGCAAAUUUGUAACGCGACGAGCAGACAUUUUCAUUCAUUGUCAUUGAAUUAGUAUGCACCUUGUAUUUUUUGGACUUUUUCCACCACUGAAUAAAGCAUUUUCUGAACCAA